AUGUCUGGCUUUACUUUCGGCACACAGGGGACUGCUGCUUCCGCAACACCUCUCACGGGUACUUUGUUUGGAACAGUGUCCAAACCAUUGUUUGGCACUUCAACAACUACAGCGCGAGCUGCAGGUACUGGUCUUUUUGGAGCACCUACAUCUCUAGCUACAGCCUCUGCAACGCCAACAGGUGAAGGUUAUUUAGUUCAGCAUCUCCUUCUGGUGGAUUAUUUGGAACAUCUGCAAAAACUACAACCGCCACAGGAAAGUGGUUUGAUAGGUACUGCUGGAGUGGCUACGACUUCAGCGGUUUGUGGACCUUUCGGAAGUACAUCAGUAACAACAACACCAGGUUUAUUUGGUGUCACUCAUGCUGCUACCGUUACCGGAAGAGUUUUUGGAAAACCAGCAACGGGCUUGUUCAACAGUCCGGCAACUGUUACAACAACUUUAGCUGGUGGUGGACUUUUUGGUGGAAGUGGAGUACCGACGACUACAAUUGGAAUAGGAUUAGGUGGAACGGAUACGUUUGCGGCUACAGGUUUGGUAUCAAGUAGCUUAGGGGUUGCUGGAGCUGCUGCUUCUGGAAAUCCAUUGGAAACUGAAGUGCAACAAGUGGUUAUGGAUCUCUUUAAUCUAUUACGGGAUCAAGUUAAGAAAAACCAUGAAUUAAGCGUUGAAUUUACAAUGAAUAGUUCGGAAUCAUGCUUGCAUAUGGAUGAAAAGAUAGAAGAAUUGGUUGGGACACGUGUGAAGAACGCUGACAUUAUACGUAAGGCAAAAAAUAGAGCAGAGGAAUUACUUGAGAAAAUGCAGCGAGACUUACGGGCAGCAGAGCAGUUACGUCGACGACAAAAAGAAAUUUCGAAGAACCCACACUUCGGCCGAAAACAAGCUUUCUCUUAUUUAUUGGCAAUUUGUAACGAGCACGAAAAUACCGUGCGAGAAUUUUGGGAAACAUUGCAAUUACUGCACGAGAAAAUUGAUGCAAAGUUAAGUAAGAAAGAUGUAACCACAAAGCAGGACCUGCGGAAACAUUUCGAACAUUACGAUCAAACAUUCAAAGUUAUUUGUUCUGAUGUAUAUCGAUAUAAAAUGCAAAUUGAAGAUCUUAAGGAUGCAUUUUUGGAAUAUCAAAAGCGUACUAAUCCAUAUGCACCGAAUCCAUUUGAAAGGCAAAAAUCGAAGCAUGCUGAGAAGCCAAAUGCGGAAAAGAGAUUUACGGGCGCAGAUGCUUUUCCUUCACAAAUAACAAUGAUGAAAAUUGGUGAAAUGGCGAAACCUUCUUCAACAAUACAACAAACAACAGGAGUAAGCGGAUUUGGCACAUCGGGUUCAUUAUUUGGUCCGAAAACUUUCGGUAGUUCUGCCUUUUCUUUCAAUCCAUCAGUCGCAAACACUGCAGCACCGUUAUUCAAACCUUUCUCCACUACUAGUUCAGCACCGGCUCCUCUUUUCGGCACCAUAGCGACAUCGAUAGCAGAACCAGCAUCUGCACCAACAACGACAUCAUCUUUUACUUUUGGAAAUACAUUGAACUCAUCAGUUAGUGGCACAUUAUUCGGUGGAAGCGCCAGCAAACCCUUCGGCCGAUAA